AUGUCUCCGCCCAGAGUACAAGUGAAUGAACACAUAGACCUCAAUGAAACCGAGACCAAGAUCUUCGAUAUCCUUCUCAAAACACUUUGCCAUAAUGGCCUUGAGAACCUGCAGCUUCAUGUUGCUGAUGGAUGGGUCCGUGAUAAGCUUCUGGGAAAAGACUAUGGGGACAUUGAUAUUGCAGUUGAAGACAUGAGGGGAAUCAAAUUUGCUGAGAAGGUGAAAGACUACUUGUACUCUGUUGGGAAGGAGCAAGCAAUCACUUAUUUUCCAGGAAAAGAGAAGGAUGCAUGUAGAAGAGAUAUAACCAUUAACAGCUUGUUGUGCAAUAUCAAUUCAAAAUCAGUUGAAGAUCAUACUGGAAGAGGAACUGCAGAUCUAAAAGAAGGAAGAAUAGCAACUACUACACCACCUGAGCUUUCACUUGUGGAGGAUCCUAAACGAGUUCUUCGUGCUAUCCGUUAUGGGGCCAAGUUUGGGUUUUUUCUCGACGAUGAUAUAAAGAAAGCUGCUGCAAGUGAUGAAGUGAAAGCUGCUCUGAUGUCGAAAGUUAGCAGAGAUAGGAUCAAUGUUGAAGUAAGUUCCUGUCAUCCUCAAAAGAAAAUAGACCUUAUUAUUUUCUAUACCUCAACUGGUCGUAGGCUAAAUUAUUUGAAUGUCGAGGAUACUGUUGUAGUCUGA